GCCUUUACCGAUAAGCCCACACAAAUCACAGCAACAAAAAAAAUAAAACGUAUACAAAUACAGACACUCUUUCUCUCUGCGUCAGUUAUGAAAAAUUAACUCAAAAAAAAAAAAAAGAUGGCAUUUCAGAGGAAGAAAAAGAUUAAAAUUCACCGCCGAACCGAAGAGAGAGCAGAUUUCUUUGAUGGCUUACCGGACGAUAUCGUCACUUGUAUCCUCGCCAAGCUUAGUUCCUCGGCUUCUUCUCCUUCAGAUUUCGUCAACAUUCUUGCUACAUGUAAGAGAUUGAAUCGGUUAGGUCUUCAUCCAUUGGUACUAUCUAAAGCUGGUCCCAAAGUGUUUGAUAUUAAACCAGAAAAGUGGUCCGAUUCGGCUCACCGGUUUUUGAAAGAGUGCGUUAACUCCGGCAACGCCGAGGCUUGUUAUACACUCGGAAUGAUCCGAUUUUAUUGCUUACAAAACCCAGGGAGUGGGGCUUCACUCAUGGCAAAGGCAGCGAUGAAAUCUCACGCGCCGGCGCUUUACUCCCUCGCGGUGAUUCAGUUCAACGGAAGCGGCGGUUCCAAGAGCGACAAGGAUCUGCGCGCGGGAGUCGCUUUGUGCGCACGCGCGGCCUACCUCGGCCACAUCGACGCACUACGCGAACUCGGCCAUUGCCUCCAGGACGGUUACGGCACCAGGCAGAACGUUACCGAGGGGCGCCGCCUCCUAAUUCAGGCAAACGCACGCGAGCUCGCCGCUGGACUUCGGUCUCCGGCGUGGAGGUCAAAUUACUACCGGUGCUUGACGCCGCCAGGGCCGGUCGGUUGCCCGCUCCUGAGCGAUUUCGGGUGCAUCGUGCCGGAGCCAGAGCUCCAUCCAGCGAACCGGUUCCUGAAAGAGUGGUUCGGGUCAGGUCGCGGCGUGUUGGGGCAGAAGCUCAGACUCUGCGCCCAUGGAGGGUGCGGUCGGCCAGAGACACGGCCUCACGAGUUUCGAAGGUGCUCAGUGUGUGGAAAAGUGAAUUACUGCUCGCGUGGGUGCCAAGCGCUCGAUUGGAAACUUCGGCAUAAAGCUGACUGUAAUCCUGGAGAGCGGUGGCUUGAAGAAGACGGCGGCGGCGACGUCGUCGUCGUCGGUGGUCGGGCACAAAUGGUGGAGAUUGAAGACGGUGAGAAUGUGUUGAUUGGACAAUUAAAUUGAAAUUAAAAAAAUAAGUUUACUUGUCUUUUUUAGAAUAUUUAAUUUUAGUUGAGAAAAUUGUUGUCUUUUCUCUUGUACAGGUGAACAUAAAAAAGUUUUUGAAAAAAAAAAUUAAUUGUGUAUCACAAAAAGAAAAUGACCGUAUAUAUUUUCUUAAUUUUGUUUCA